CAUCUAUAAAAAGGAACUCCAAAGGAUUCACAAAAAUCUCACAACUAAGUAAACCGAGAAAAUGGCAAGACACACGAUCGUGUUUUUCGUUGUUCUUAUUGUUCUUAUUUUUCCGUCAGACAUUUUAUGUUAUUCGGAAAAAGAAAUAAAAAAUUGGUGUAGCCAAACACCAUAUCCAGCACCAUGUGAAGAAUUUCUCAAAACCAAAGCUACUACAAAGAAAACUCCAAUAACCACAAAAUCCCAUUUCUUUGAAAUCUUAGUCGAAACGGCACUAGAGCGUGCCGUUUCAGCCCAUAAAAAUGCUCUUUCUCUCGGCCCAAAAUGCCGAAAUUCCAAAGAAAAAACUGCAUGGACCGAUUGCGUUGACCUCUACGACCAAAUCAUAACCCGACUCAACCGAACCUCUGCCCGCUGCUCACCAGCCGACGCUCAAACCUGGCUCAGCGCCGCUCUCACCGCCCUCGAAACCUGCCGGACAGGGUUCGAAGAACUCGGCCUUUCGGCUUUCGGCUACCCAUUGACGGCUAAUAAUGUUUCCAAGCUGAUUAGUGAUGGGUUGUCGGUGAAUAAACCCGCAUCACCGGAGGGGUAUGAGCCGACGACCAUGACUGAUGGGUUUCCCACGUGGGUUAGUCCUGGUAACCGUAAAUUGCUGCAAUCUGAGUCUCCGAAGGCGGACGUAGUGGUGGCGCAAGAUGGGUCGGGGAAUUUUAAGACGGUGAAGGAUGCUAUCUCCGCCGCAAAGGGCGGCGGGAGAUUUGUGAUAUAUAUAAAGUCGGGGGUUUAUAAUGAGAAUUUGGAUAUUAAGGCUAAGAAUGUUAUGAUGGUCGGCGACGGAAUCGGAAAAACUAUCAUUACCGGCAGUAGAAGUGUCGGCGGAGGUUCCACCACGUUCAGAUCCGCUACCGUUGCCGUUGAUGGAGACGGAUUCAUCGCCAGAGACAUAACUUUCAGAAACACCGCCGGAGCAAAGAACCACCAAGCGGUAGCGCUCCGAUCAGGUUCAGAUCUCUCAGUCUUCUACCGUUGUGGCUUCGAAGGCUAUCAAGACACUCUCUACGUUUACGCCGAACGCCAAUUCUACAAACAAUGCGACAUUUACGGUACCGUCGAUUUCAUCUUCGGCAAUGCCGCCGUCGUACUCCAAGAUUGCAACAUCAUCGCCCGUGAUCCUCCGAACAAAACCAUCACCCUCACCGCCCAAGGCCGCUCCGAUCCGAAUCAGAACACCGGAAUCUCCAUCCACAAUUGCCGAAUCACAUCCUCUGGCGGCCUCAGCGGCGUCAAGGCCUAUUUAGGCCGCCCAUGGAGGCAAUAUUCCCGGACGGUUGUUAUGAAAUCCUCGAUCGGAGGAUUCAUAAGUCCGGCGGGGUGGAUGCCGUGGAGCGGUAAUUUUGCCCUAAAUACGCUGUAUUACGCCGAGUAUAUGAAUACGGGGCCGGGAGCGUCGACGGCGAAUCGGGUGAACUGGAAGGGUUAUCAUGUGAUUACCAGUGCGUCGGAGGCUUCGAAGUUCACCGUGGGGAAUUUCAUCGCCGGUGGGUCUUGGUUGCCGAGUACGGGUGUGCCUUUCACUUCCGGUCUCUAAUUUGGCGGUGUAAUUUUGUAUGUAUUAUUAAAAAUAUUAAUGAUCGUUUAUUUUUUUUAAUUAUACUUUAAUAAACAAGUUUAUCAUUAAGAAAUUAGAUUUUAUUAUAUCUUUUAAAAAAAUUGAUUUUACUUUUCUUUUCGUCUCUCAAUUCAAAAUGGUUGGGUUUGACAAGAGAAUUACCAUUCAAGAGGGGUAUUGUAUUACAAUUUACAAUGUAAGUUUUUCAAAUAAAUGAAAUAUGAUUUGUUUGAGUAA